GGCCGCGCGCUUCAUGGGGCCGCGCCGACCCCGCUCGUGAGGGGCCGCCCUCUGCCCGCUCGGCCAGAGAGAAGGAAUCGCCGCGGGCUCAAUGGCGGGCUUGGCUCUCCGCCUUCCCUUGGUGGUGCGGCUGUGGCGACGGCAGAGCCUGCGGAGCUCCUCCUGGCCUCGGCUUCUCUUCCACCCGACGGUCCCCGGGAGCGCGGCAUGGACCGCGGAGGGGUGCGGGGUCGCCGCUUUGGCCCCCGGCACUCUUCACCGUGUGCCGCUUUUUUCCCGCCCCGCCUUCUCCUGGGCAGCCGCGGCCGCCAAAUCCUCGGGGAAGAAACCGGGCGACCCACAAGGAACCGAGCAGCCCCCGCCGGCAGGGCCCGACGAGGGCGCAGUCUCUGACGCUAAGAGGCUUUUGGCGUUGGCUUAUCCGGAGCGCUUGAAACUGUCAGCUGCUAUUGGAUUUUUGGCUAUUUCCAGUGUCAUCACUAUGUCUGCCCCUUUUUUCUUGGGGAAAGUUAUUGAUGUCGUUUACACAAAUCCAACUGGUGACCUUGCAGAGAACCUAUCCACACUCUGUGCCUUAUUAACUGGAAUAUUUAUGCUCGGUGCAGCUGCCAAUGGAAUACGUGUCUACCUCAUGCAGAUUUCAGGGCAAAGAAUUGUGAACCGUCUAAGAGCAACAAUAUUUUCUUCUCUCUUGAAACAAGAAGUAGCUUUCUUCGAUAAAACCAGCACAGGGGAGCUGAUUAAUCGCUUGUCUUCAGACACAGCUCUCUUGGGCCGUUCAGUCACUGAAAACCUUUCGGAUGGGUUAAGAGCUGCAGGACAGGCCUCAGCUGCUAUUGGGAUGAUGUUUUUUGUGUCUCCCAAACUUGCUACAUUUGUCCUGACUCUCGUACCAUCCCUGGCUGUCAUAGCUGUGCUUUAUGGAACGUAUUUACGAAAACUGUCUAGAAUGACACAGAAUUCCCUUGCAGAGGCCACACAGUUAGCAGAAGAAAGGAUUGGAAAUUUAAGAACAGUUCGAGCUUUUGGGCAUGAGUUAACUGAAAUGAAAAAAUAUGACAACAAGAUUCAGUAUGUUCUACAAUUGGCCAAAAAGGAAGCAAUAGCUGGAGCAGGAUUCUUUGGAGCAACGGGGUUAUCAGGCAAUUUGAUUGUGCUUUUUGUUCUCUACAAAGGAGGAUUACUGAUGGGUGGUGCCCAUUUGACUGUUGGUGAACUGUCUUCUUUCUUAAUGUAUGCUUUCUGGGUUGGCAUAAGCAUUAGAGGAUUAAGCUCUUUUUAUACUGACUUAAUGAAAGGUUUGGGUGCAGGAGGGCGCUUGUGGGAACUUAUUGAUCGCAAGCCACAACUUCCUUUUAAUGAGGGAACAGUAUUAAGCCAGGAUGCUUUCAGAGGUGCUCUUGAAUUCAAAAGUGUCAAGUUUGCAUAUCCAGCACGUCCAGAAACAUUGAUUUUUGAAGACUUUUCUCUCAGCAUGCCUGCAGGUUCUGUCAUGGCCCUAGUAGGCCCAAGUGGAUCUGGCAAAUCAACAGUUGUAUCUCUUCUCUUGAGGCUUUAUGAUCCACUCUCAGGAAGCAUUACUGUUGAUGGGGUUGACAUCCGUCAGCUAAACCCACUAUGGUUCAGGACUAAUAUUGGAACAGUAAGUCAGGAACCCACUCUGUUCUCAUGCUCUAUUGCUGAAAACAUAGCCUACGGCGCAGAGGAUCCAUCCACAGUAACUCUUGCAGAAAUUGAGAAAGUUGCCAAAAUUGCAAACGCUUCUAAUUUUAUCCAAAAUUUUCCAAAAGGAUUCCACACUUUAGUUGGAGAAAAAGGUAUUCUUCUCUCUGGUGGGCAGAAGCAGCGAAUUGCAAUUGCUCGAGCUCUUCUGAAGAAUCCCAAAAUUCUUCUUCUUGAUGAAGCAACAAGUGCUUUGGAUGCAGAAAAUGAGUAUCUUGUCCAAGAAGCAUUAGACCGGUUGAUGGAAGGCAGAACUGUUCUUAUUAUUGCUCAUCGACUCUCCACCAUUCAGAAUGCAAAUUCUGUUGCAGUUCUGGACCAAGGCAGAAUAGUUGAGUGUGGAAAGCAUGAAACACUGCUUGCAAACCCAAAUGGACUUUUCAGCAAAUUAAUGAAAAAACAGUCUUUUAUUCAAAAUAUUGAACAUUUUGCAUCUAAUUGAAAAAUAUCCUUUUUUUAAAAAAAGAAUGAAAAGGUCUAACUAGGGAAGGGAAAUGUACUAUUUCCAAGAAUUUAAAUUAUGUUUCAAUAAAUGUGUUGUAUAUAUUUUUCAGUGUACUUCAGAUAUUUGCAAAAAAUUAUUAUCUUAAGUUUUUUAUUCAAAGCUUUUAAGUUUUUUAUUGUGGUGCAAUCCAAGAGUGAAUUGUUUUUAAGAUUCUACAGUUGCUAUGUGAUUAAUGCAGGGGUGGAUAUACUUUCCAGACCCAGGUGACAUUGUAUAACCUGGUUACCUCCUUCCCAAAUCAAAGAAACUUAAGAAGUUUGCCAAGUUUUUGCAAAGGAUCUACCUGGGAGUACAGUAAGUAGCCCACUGCUGAUCCCUAGAUUAAUGGAUAUAUCAAGGAUGCUUGCAGAAUUUAAUUUUAUGAUUUGGCAGCCUACUUUGAAUUUUCAGCUAGUUUAUUUUCACGCCAAAUUUCUUUUCAUGCUUUGUCUUGCUAUUAAAUCAUUACAAUUUUAAUAAUUUUAUCAUUAUUAUGAAGAAAAACUAGAUUCACUAAUACAAAAACCCUCAUGGUUUGGUCAACAUUAAUGCAGCAAAUAUUAUUAGUCAAAGCAAAUUCUACCACAUCCCUGCUUUUAAAAUAUUUGAUUUCUUUAUGUUCCCGAUUGGAUAUCAAGAAAUAACUUAUCCAGCAAAUUAUGUUUUGCCGACAGUGUCUUGAUAGAUGUCUUGUCUUUUGUCUUUCAAACCACUCUCUUCCAUUUUUCCUUUACCUGUUGUCCUUUUUAAAUGAUCAGUAUUUUGUAGCACAGAAAACUUACCAGACCUGUUUUCUUUGAAGAUUCUCCUCUUAAGGGAAAACAACAAGACUUUGAAAAAAAUAAUUUUAAUUACUGGCAAACCUGGUCAGUCUGUUAACAUCUAGCUAGUCAACUGAUAAAUAGUGCUAUUUUGACUACAACUCUGCAAUAUAGAAGUAGAAUUCUAAAAAUCAGUGUUACAUUAGUUUACCCAUACAGAAACUCAUACUGCUUGCCAUUGUAUGCACAGAUGAAGGGAAAGGAAAGGAUCAUCAAUAUUGUAUUUUCAAACAGUUACAGUAUUCAGC